CCUGUUAAAUCCAUCUUAAAUUCACUAGAAUUUGUAAACUUAAAGCAAAAAGGACAUUAUUUAAAAGUGAAAAUCUAUCGUGCGUGAGUAAUGAUAGUGAUUUCCGUGACUAUAUCCGCUGCUGCAGAUGUUUAGUGCUGACAGUGGAUAAUUCUAUGAAUAAUGAUGUGGAUUUAAAUGCGAGGACAUGAUUUAGGAUCACCACAGCAUCUCCGCAUUUCCCAGAAAUCCCUCAUAUAAAACCUCUACCUGGUGUGCCAGGUGUAUGAAAUGACACUGAGAAGGAGUUAAGAGAGAGAGUCCUGUUUUCUAUCCCAUCAGCAUCAUGUCUUUCCGCCGCAGCAUCAUUGUCGGCGGAAUUCUCAUAAUUCUCCUGAUCCUUCUCUCUACAAUCACAUUUUAUUUAAGCUUGGGACCCUGCCCUCGAGGAUCUUUUGCCUGCGACAACGGAACUGUUUGUGUACCCCAGAGGGCAAUUUGUGACAAUCACGGUGACUGCAAGGAUGAGGAUGACGAGGAUCCAGUCAUGUGUGGUAUGUUUUAUGGGAGUACCAGCGUCCUUCACAAUUUAAUGCAGAGUGUGCGCAACAAAAACGGAACAGUACUUGAGACUAACAACCGAACUUGCGAGCGGGAACUUGAGAGAUUGGCUAAAGCCAAGAGAUGUGGCUGUAUCUAUUCAUUGAUGUUCUUCUGCAAGAACCUCAGUCUCACUACCGUACCACAAAUCCGAUCCAAUAAGGUGACUCGCCUCUACUUGGCCUACAACAAAAUUAAACUUACCGGGCAGUCAUUCUCUGGCCUCAAUCUCGAAUUUUUAGAUCUAAAAUUCAACAACAUAUCUAAUAUUCCACCAGACACCUUCAAAGGACAAACGGAGCUCAUGAAACUAUUUUUAAGCAACAACGACAUUGUGGAAAUUACUCCGGGUACAUUUGACGGAUUGAAUAGUCUGAUAUGGCUUUUGCUGAGAUCCAAUAGAUUGAUGAAGUUUCCCCUGAUUGAAUUGAGCGACCUCCAGUCCCUGGAACUGCUGGAUUUGUCUCACAACAGACUCACCCUGGCUAAUGAUAAGUUUCCCAAAAUGAAUAGUACAUUGGAACUAGUGCUGGAUGGCAAUCUCAUUGAAGAGAUAGACGACAAACUCUUUGCUGGAUUGGGACGGUUGCAUCUCCUGAGCCUUCACAGCAACCGUAUCAGGAGCAUCCAUCCACAUGCAUUCAAGGAGUUGACUGACCUACGAGAAUUAGGGCUCUCCAACAAUCUCCUGCAUCACUUGCCAGACACGGUUUUAGCCUCGAUGUCAAUGCUGGAAGCACUGUACCUCCAGAACAACAACAUCUCAAUCACAAGGCCUCUUCUGAAUUUCACAAACCUCCUGUAUCUGAAUCUGGAUGGUAUUCCCAAUGAAAACAUAAAGUUUGAUGCUGUAUCGAGCUUAAUAACACUCAAAUCAAUUGUCUUCACAAAAUUUUACUACUGUGGAAAUGUUCCUCAUGUUAAGAACUGCAAACCAAACACAGAUGGUAUCUCCACUCUUGAGGAUCUCCUGUCAAAGCCAGUGCUGAGAUAUUCGGCCUGGUUGAUGGCUUUGGUAACUUGCAUGGGCAAUGGUUUGGUUCUCUGGGGCAGAUUUGCUCUCAGGGACGAGAAUAGGGCUGUCUCAAUGGUCAUACGAAACCUGGCUGUGGCUGAUAUGCUAAUGGGAUUCUACCUUGUUAUCAUCAGCAUCCAGGACUUCAGAUACAGAAACCGAUAUCAUGAAGUUGCACAGGAUUGGGCAUCUUCCUGGAACUGUACUCUUGCUGGACUACUGGCCAUGACGUCGUCGGAAGUCUCAAUGUUGAUUCUGGCUUUUAUGUCUGUGGAGAGAUUUCUCUUGAUAGCAGAUCCCUUCGGAGGACAUCGUCGACUGGAUUCCAGGAAUGUCCUGACGUCGAUGAUUGCCAUUUGGACUGUUGGAGGAACUAUUGCCAUUAUCCCAGUCAUACACUGGAGAUCCAGCACCAGAUUCUACGGAACUUAUUCAGGAACGUGCUUCCCUCUUCAUGUUCAGGAGCGCUUCCCCCUUGGAUGGCAAUAUUCGGCAUUUGUCUUCCUCGGCGUCAAUUUGUCCCUCCUAAUGCUAAUCGCCAGCCUCUACACGGCGCUCCUUGUAUCCAUCUGGAGGACUCGAAGAGCAACUCCUUUAGCUGUGCUAGAUUGUGAAUUUGCCAUCAGGUUUUUCUUCAUCGUCCUCACAGAUGCCACCUGCUGGGCCCCAAUCAUCGCCCUCAAGAUACUCGCAUUUCUCAGCUAUGAAAUCUCAGCCGAUAUCUAUGCCUGGAUUGUCAUCUUCAUCCUACCACUGAAUUCUGCGGUGAAUCCUCUGUUGUACACCUUUACAACUCCGCGGUAUCGGGAUAAGAUUGGUAUCAAGAGCUGGCCGAUUAUCUUCAAGUGUCGCCGGCAUGAGCGGGAAGCAGGUGUUGUAGGCGAGGGAACAGCCAAUGGAUUGACCAACUCCAAUCCAGAUGAGUCUCAGGGAAAGAUUCUCCCGCUGCUCUACACGCCAAAUACUGCAACACACAAUUGGAAAAUCUAACAGAAAACCCAGAAAACUCUGCCAAAUCUCCAAACUACUAAUCUAAGUGUUUUUUAUCAGUGUUCUUCUCUGAAUGUUUCAUAUUUAACAAUUUCUCAUUCAUAAGUUAAAGAAAAAAAAUAAGAACAUUUUACACCGUCGUAAAUUAUACCAACAAUUACAAUGAAUGUGAUAAUUUUUGGAUGUUAUUUAUGCCAAAUCUCUCUUGGACAAUAAAAGGAUUCUUCGAGAAAA